CUUCUUCUUCUUUCAGUUCCAUGGAUCAAGCCAAAAAGAGAACCCAGGGACAGCCCCUUCCCACCCCAUCCUCCCAGUCCAAGAAGAAAAGGACACCCCUGAUGUCUCUCUUUGCCAAGGUCUCAGGGAAGCUGAAGUUCCAGAAGCGGGAACCUCUGAAGAACAUGUUCUCCGUCUUGGCAGAGAAAGCCCGGGACCCCAGUGCUAAGAAGCGGCACACGGCCAUGAAAGGGCUGGCCACUCUGGCCUGGGAAACCCCAGACAAGGUGAGAAAGAGCAAGAAGGUUGUCCUGGAUGUGCUGGUGCAGGGGCUCUACGAUCCUGUGAGUUCUGAGGUCAUCCACGAGAGUUUGAAGGGCCUGAGCACCAUCCUGGGCAAGACGCAGGGGCAAGGUCUGGGCUCCUUCUUCAUCGACAUGACGCUUCAGACCAGGACUUUGUUGGAUGACGAGAACGACAACCUGAGAUACUCCGCCUUUGUCUUGUUUGGGCAGUUGGCUGCCUCUGCUGGACGGAAAUGGAAGAAAUUUUUCACCACUCAGGUCAAGCACACACAAGAUUCCCUCAUGGCCCACUUAUGGGACAGAAAUCCUCAGGUUGCCAAGGCUUGCAGAACAACUUUGCGCGCCUGUUCCCCUUAUUUGAGACUAAGGAAGGAGUACAGCUUUCGGCUCGAAGAAGAAAGGCGCACCCAUAAAGUCUGCCGGCAGCUGAGCCACUACCAUCCAGAGCUCCUGCAGUUCUUCUAUGCAAAUAAGAUCCUGUGAGCACAGAGCAGCAGGGAGCUCAUGAGCUGAGGUCUUGUAUUGGGCUCCUCUGAGUCUCACCGGCGGCCUCUCGGGCUUGAUGUGUGUAGUUAUGCUAGAAAAUCAGGUGUUCGGAGAACAAGUGCCGACACAAAUACACCGUGGAGUUGCAUCAUUCUA